CUGAGCAUCCUCCCCAACCCUGGCACCCUUCCUAGAUGGCCAGACCCACGAUGGCAGAGCUGCCCACACCAGAGACACCUGGGGACCCUGCUCUGUGCAGUGGACGGUUCACCAUCAGCACGCUGCUAGGAGGUGAUGAGCCCCCACCACCAGCUGUCUAUGACAGCAGCCACCCCAGCCACCUGACCCAUGGCAGCACCCUCUACAUGCGUACCUUUGGCUACAACACUAUUGAUGUGGUCCCUGCCUAUGAGCACUAUGCCAACAGCGCCCUGCCCGGAGAGCCCCGAAAGGUCCGGCCCACGCUGGCCGACCUGCACUCCUUCCUCAAGCAGGAAGGCAGACACCUGCACUCCCUGGCCUUUGACAGCCGGCCCAGCCAUGACAUGACCGAUGGACUGGUGGAGGACGAGGCAGGAACCAGCAGCGGGAAGAGUCCUGGAGAGCCUGUGCGCUUUGGCUGGGUCAAGGGGGUGAUGAUCCGUUGCAUGCUCAACAUCUGGGGCGUGAUCCUCUACCUGCGGCUGCCCUGGAUCACGGCCCAGGCAGGCAUUGUCUUGACCUGGAUUAUCAUCCUGAUCUCCGUCAUGGUGACCUCCAUCACAGGCCUCUCCAUCUCAGCCAUCUCAACCAAUGGCAAGGUCAAGUCAGGUGGCACCUACUUCCUCAUCUCCCGGAGUCUGGGCCCAGAGUUAGGGGGCUCUAUCGGCCUCAUUUUCGCUUUUGCCAAUGCUGUGGGUGUGGCCAUGCACACUGUGGGCUUUGCGGAGACCGUCCGUGAUCUGCUCCAGGAGUACGGCACACCCAUCGUGGACCCUACUGAUGACAUCCGCAUCAUCGGUGUGGUCACAGUCACUGUGCUGCUGGCCAUCUCUCUGGCCGGCAUGGAGUGGGAGUCCAAGGCCCAGGUGCUGUUCUUCCUUGUCAUCAUGGUCUCCUUCGCCAACUACUUGGUCGGGACACUGAUCCCCCCGUCUGAGGACAAGGCCUCCAAAGGCUUCUUCAGCUACCGGGGGGACAUUUUUGUCCAGAACUUGGUGCCUGAUUGGCGAGGCCCGGAUGGCAGCUUCUUUGGGAUGUUCUCCAUUUUCUUCCCCUCAGCCACCGGCAUUCUGGCAGGUGCCAACAUCUCCGGGGACCUCAAGGACCCUGCUGUAGCCAUUCCCAAAGGGACACUCAUGGCCAUCUUUUGGACCACAAUCUCCUACCUGGCCAUCUCAGCCACCAUUGGCUCCUGCGUGGUGCGCGAUGCCUCCGGGGUCCUGAACGACACGGUGACCCCAAGCUGGGGUGCCUGCGAGGGGCUGGCCUGUGGCUACGGCUGGAACUUCACUGAGUGCUCCCGGCAGCACAGCUGCCGCUAUGGCCUCAUCAAUUAUUACCAGACCAUGAGCAUGGUGUCAGGCUUCGCACCCCUGAUCACGGCUGGCAUCUUCGGGGCCACCCUCUCCUCUGCCCUGGCCUGCCUCGUCUCCGCAGCCAAAGUCUUCCAGUGCCUGUGCGUGGACCAGCUAUACCCUCUGAUCGGCUUCUUCGGCAAAGGCUACGGCAAGAACAAUGAGCCUGUCCGUGGCUACCUGCUGGCCUAUGCCAUCGCCGUGGCCUUCAUCAUCAUUGCUGAGCUCAACACCAUAGCCCCCAUCAUUUCCAACUUCUUCCUGUGCUCCUACGCCCUUAUCAACUUCAGCUGCUUCCACGCCUCCAUCACCAACUCGCCCGGGUGGAGACCUUCCUUCCGAUACUACAGCAAGUGGGCGGCACUGUUUGGGGCAGUCAUCUCUGUGGUCAUCAUGUUCCUCCUCACCUGGUGGGCGGCCCUCAUCGCCAUUGGCGUGGUGCUCUUCCUUCUGCUGUACGUGAUCUACAAGAAGCCAGAGGUAAACUGGGGCUCCUCAGUGCAGGCUGGCUCCUACAACCUGGCUCUCAGCUACUCCGUGGGCCUCAACAAGGUGGAAGACCACAUCAAGAACUACCGCCCCCAGUGCCUGGUGCUCACAGGGCCCCCCAACUUCCGCCCCGCCCUGGUGGACUUUGUGGGCACCUUCACCCGGAACCUCAGCCUAAUGAUCUGCGGCCACGUGCUCAUUGGACCCCGCAAGCAGAGGAUGCCUGAGCUCCGGCUAAUCACCAAUGGGCACACCAAGUGGCUGAACAAGAGGAAGAUCAAGGCCUUCUACUCAGACGUCAUUGCUGAGGACCUCCGCAGUGGCGUCCAGAUUCUCAUGCAGGCUGCAGGUCUUGGGAGAAUGAAGCCCAACAUCCUGGUGGUUGGGUUCAAGAAGAACUGGCAGUUGGCUCACCCCGCCACAGUGGAAGACUACAUUGGCAUCCUCCACGAUGCCUUUGACUUCAACUAUGGUGUGUGCGUCAUGAGGAUGCGGGAAGGGCUCAACGUCUCAGAGGUGAUGCAGGCGCACAUUAACCCUGUGUUUGACCCAGCAGAGGACAGCAAGGACUCCAGUGCCAAGGGAGCCAGGCCAUCUAUCUGCGGUGCACUGGACCCUGAGGCCCUGGUGCGGGAGGAGCAGGCCAGCACCAUCUUCCAGUCCGAGCAGGGCAAGAAGACCAUCGACAUCUACUGGCUGUUCGAUGAUGGAGGCCUCACCCUCCUCAUCCCUUAUCUCCUGGGCCGCAAGAAGAGGUGGAGGAAAUGCAAGAUCCGCGUGUUCGUUGGGGGCCAGAUCAAUAGGAUGGACCAGGAGCAGAAGGCGAUCAUUUCUCUACUGAGCAAGUUCCGAUUGGGAUUCCACGAAGUUCAUAUCCUUCCCGACAUCAACCAGAAGCCACGGGCUGAGCACACCAAGCGGUUUGAGGAUAUGAUUGCGCCCUUUCGCCUGAAUGAUGGCUUCAAAGACGAGGCUACUGUCGCAGAGAUGAGGCGGGACUGCCCCUGGAAGAUCUCAGAUGAGGAGAUUAACAAGAACAGAGUCAAGUCCCUUCGGCAGGUGAGGCUGAAUGAGAUUCUUCUGGACUAUUCCCGGGAUGCGGCUCUGAUUGUCAUCACCUUGCCCGUGGGGAGAAAGGGAAAGUGCCCGAGCUCGCUGUACAUGGCCUGGCUGGAGACCCUGUCCCAGGACCUCAGACCUCCAGUCAUCCUGAUCCGAGGAAACCAGGAAAAUGUGCUCACCUUUUACUGCCAGUAACCUUAGACCUGGCCACCCCUGCCUGAGGCCGAGAGCAUGAGUUUAUGUGAUGAGCUGGAACUGGACCUGCUCCAGUUCAUGGAGACAAGACUCAGAUUUUAUUGCACUUUAAGUGGUAGUAUCUGAUGAUCCCACUGAAAAAGACACUAGAUUUCCACCAGUGGCUGACUGAACUCCACUUUCGUCAGGCAUGUCUGCUGGGCCUGUUUUUACGGGCUGGAGGGGAAACAGAUGGAGUUGCUGUUCUAAAAUUACCUGGAGGGCCCUAUUCCUUUAAAAAGUUUUCUUUUGAUCCUAA